AGAAGCUCGAGUGUCUCUCUCGUCAGCAGCACCUGUCUGUCUGCGCAGCAUCCUCACGACUGACCUCGCCAGAGACAUGCAGAGCACAGUAUCAUUAGGAGAAUUGGUUUGAAGUGGUGCAUCACGAGCAGAGCGCAUCCACCACUGGAGGGAUCAAAUCUGUGCCAUCUGACGCUCAAGGAUUUAUGGGUUUAGUCCAAAUUGCUUUUCCCAGUGUGGAGAUUAAGCUGUGUGAUGUUAACAGGACAGACGUCCGUGUUCGUUCGGGCUGCAGAGCACCGAGGAUGUGAACACUGAACAGGGAUAUGAGCACCAUGCAGCUGGAGACUGUGUUUGUGUUCAUCUGCGUCUGUGUGCUGGGCGCCGCCGGAAGAUUGGCCCACAGAAGAGGUCCCAGACAGGAGCCCUACAAGCAAAGCAGAUUACGGAGAGAAACGACACGAGUGGAUGGAGGAGCCCACAAGUCUGGCAGCCCAAUCUUCAGAAGAAGUCCAGACAUGACAAAGUCUCCUAUGACCAAAUCUGAGCAGCUGUUGAGGAUAGAUGACCAUGACUUUACAAUGAGACCAGCGUUUGGAGGACCUCCGAUCCCAGUAGGUGUGGAUGUUCAGGUUGAGAGUCUCGACACCAUCUCUGAGGCUGACAUGGAUUUCACCAUGACACUGUAUUUGAGGCAUUACUGGAAAGACGAGCGCUUGUCCUUCCAGAGCAGCAAUAAUCAAAGCAUGACGUUCGACAGCCGGCUGGUGAAGAAGAUCUGGGUGCCCGACAUGUUCUUUGUUCAUUCCAAAAGAUCUUUCAUCCACGACACGACAACAGACAACUUGAUGCUACGCGUGUAUCCCGACGGAAACGUGCUCUACAGUCUGAGAUGCGUACACUGACGACGAUCUUAUGCUUUACUGGAAGAAGGGCAACGAGUCGCUGAACACGGAUGACAAGAUUUCUCUGUCCCAGUUUCUCAUCCAGAAGUUCCACACCACAACUAAGCUUGCGUUCUACAGCAG